AUGUCUGACCUCCAUAAACAAUUCCUAAAGAAGAUAAAAGAACAAGAAAGGGCUUUUGGAUUAUCUCUGCUUUCUGAAGAACCCGAUGAGUUAGAAUCAGAUACCAGUUAUUUCAGUCCAACACCUCAACCUUCAAACGAACCAAAAGCCGGUAUAGACCAAGAGCGCAACGGAAAUAUACGGAGAAUAUAUAACGAUACUAAAAGAGAUGUGUUUCCAAUAGCUGAUAUCUAUACGGAUUCAAGAUCAGGUGUCCGAUUCCAAACAUACUUCAAACCACCAUCAUCCUCGAGUGCACCUAUAUUCAUAUGUCACCAUGGAGCAGGUUCCUCCUCAAUGACAUUUUGCAGAUUGGCACAAUCAUUAGCCAACGAAUUUGGAAAACAAAAUGAAUAUCCAGGAUUAUUCACGUACGAUAUACGGGGUCAUGGUGAUUCAUCUACAUCAAUGCCGCCUGAUUAUUCGCUAUCCUCUGUAACAAACGACUUUAAAUUUAUAGUAGACGAAUUCCAUGCCAGAAAUGCACCUAAGUCUUCCAUUUACUUAUUGGGCCAUUCAUUAGGUGGAUCAGUUUUGACAAACUACCUUGCGGCUAAUCCAGAUAAUGCCUACAAAUUGAAGGGUCUAAUCGUGCUUGAUAUCGUGGAAGAAACUGCCAUUAAGGCGUUGAGCGCAAUGCCCCAAUUCAUACGAAAGAGACCAACUAGUUUUAAUUCCUAUCAAGAAGCAAUCGACUGGCAUAUUAAGGACUCUCAUUUAUUACAUAACGAUGAGUCUGCGCUCAUUAGUGUUCCAGAUUUACUACGUGAAAGUCCUAAUGGUUUAAUUUGGAAAACCAAUCUACAAGAAACUGAACCAUUCUGGGUAACUUGGUUCGCUGGUCUUUCUGACAAUUUCAUAAAUUGUGGUAAAACCCAACAUGUAGCCAAAUUGCUAGUAUUAUCAGGGCAUGAGACUUUGGAUACAAAUUUAAUAAUUGGCCAAAUGCAAGGUAAAUACCAAUUGAUUGUGUUCAAUAAUACCCAAAACACUGGACAUUUUAUUCAAGAAGACAUUCCAAAGCAAAUUAGUAUCAGUCUUAUCGAUUUUGUGAGGAGGAACGAUUCUCCUGAUGAAUAUAUGAAGAAAGAAUUCGGUUUCGUACCUAAGUGGGGUGGCAAGAUUCACGACUAG